AUGUCGGGGUUCAGCCCGGAACUCAUCGACUACCUGGAAGGGAAAAUCUCCUUUGAGGAGUUCGAAAGGCGGAGAGAAGAGAGAAAAACCCGCGAGAAGAAAAGUCUUCAGGAAAAAGGAAAGUUAUCUGAAGAAAAUCCAGAUGAUUCUGAAGUUCCAACAUCAUCAGGAAUUGACUCUACCAAAUCCCAGGACAAAGAUGUCAAUGAAGGAGAAACAUCAGACGGAGUGAGUAAGUCAGUUCACAAGGUCUUUGCUUCCAUGCUUGGAGAGAUUGAAGAUGAUGAGGAGGAAGAAGAGGAGGAGGAGGAAGAAACACCUGAGCAACCCACUGCAGGCGAUGUAUUUGUAUUGGAGAUGGUUCUCAAUCGUGAAACCAAGAAGAUGAUGAAAGAGAAAAGGCCUCGGAGUAAACUUCCCAGAGCUCUGAGAGGUCUCAUGGGUGAAGCCAACAUUCGCUUUGCCAGAGGAGAACGUGAAGAGGCAAUAUUGAUGUGCAUGGAAAUCAUAAGACAAGCUCCUCUGGCUUAUGAGCCAUUCUCUACUCUGGCCAUGAUAUAUGAGGACCAAGGCGACAUGGAGAAAUCAUUGCAGUUUGAGUUGAUUGCUGCACAUUUAAAUCCCAGUGACACGGAAGAAUGGGUUAGACUGGCAGAAAUGUCUCUGGAACAAGACAAUAUUAAGCAGGCUAUCUUUUGCUAUACAAAAGCUCUUAAAUAUGAACCUACUAAUGUCCGUUAUCUGUGGGAGCGAUCAAGCCUUUAUGAACAGAUGGGUGAUCAUAAAAUGGCCAUGGAUGGUUAUAGGCGUAUUUUAAACCUUUUGUCUCCUUCUGAUGGAGAACGUUUUAUGCAAUUGACUAGAGAUAUGGCAAAGAGCUACUAUGAAGCCAAUGAUGUUACUUCAGCUAUUAAUAUAAUUGACGAAGCUCUCUCAAAACACCAGGGCCUAGUCUCCAUGGAAGAUGUUAACAUAGCAGCUGAACUAUAUAUUUCUAACAAGCAGUAUGACAAAGCUUUGGAGGUAAUUACAGAUUUUUCUGGAAUUGUGCUUGAAAAAAAAGCUUCAGAAGAAGGAACCUCAGAAGAGAAUAAAGCUGGUGAGAAUGUUACCUGCACUAUACCUGAUGGUGUACCAAUAGAUAUCACAGUGAAGUUGAUGGUCUGCCUUGUACAUCUCAACAUCCUUGAGCCACUUAAUCCUCUCUUGACAACACUAGUGGAACAGAAUCCUGAAGAUAUGGGAGACCUCUACCUAGAUGUUGCUGAGGCUUUUCUGGAUGUUGGUGAAUAUAAUUCUGCACUUCCCCUCCUCAGUGCACUUGUUUGUUCUGAAAGAUACAACCUUGCAGUAGUUUGGCUUCGGCAUGCAGAAUGUUUAAAGGCCUUGGGCUAUAUGGAGCGUGCUGCUGAAAGCUAUGGCAAAGUAGUUGAUCUGGCCCCGCUCCAUUUGGAUGCAAGAAUUUCACUUUCUACCCUUCAGCAGCAGCUGGGCCGUCCUGAGAAAGCUCUGGAAGCUCUGGAACCAAUGUAUGAUCCAGAUACUUUAGCCCAGGAUGCAAAUGCCGCACAGCAGGAACUAAAGUUACUGCUUCAUCGUUCUACUUUGUUGUUUUCACAAGGCAAAAUGUAUGGUUAUGUGGAUACCUUACUUACCAUGUUAGCCAUGCUUUUAAAGGUAGCAAUGAAUAGAGCCCAAGUCUGUUUGAUAUCCAGUUCCAAAUCUGGAGAGAGGCAUCUCUACCUUAUUAAAGUAUCAAGAGACAAAAUAUCAGACAACAAUGACCAGGAGACAGCAAAUUGUGAUGCAAAAGCAAUAUUUGCUGUACUCACAAGCGUCUUGACAAAAGAUGACUGGUGGAACCUUCUGUUGAAGGCCAUAUACUCCUUAUGUGACCUAUCCCGAUUUCAAGAGGCUGAGUUACUUGUAGAUUCUUCACUGGAAUAUUAUUCAUUUUAUGAUGACAGGCAAAAACGCAAGGAACUAGAGUACUUUGGUCUGUGUGCUGCAAUUCUGGACAAAAAUUUCAGACAGGCGUACAACUAUAUCAGGGUAAUGGUAAUGGAAAAUGUCAGUAAACCCCAGCUCUGGAACAUUUUUAAUCAAGUUACCAUGCACUCCCAAGAUGUACGGCAUCAUCGCUUCUGUCUCCGUUUAAUGCUGAAAAACCCAGAUAAUCAUGCCCUGUGUGUCUUAAAUGGACACAAUGCAUUUGUAUCUGGUAGUUUUAAGCAUGCGCUUGGACAGUACGUGCAAGCCUUUCGCACCCAUCCCCACGAACCUCUGUAUAGCCUCUGUAUAGGCCUAACCUUUAUUCACAUGGCAUCUCAGAGGUAUGUGUUAAGGAGACAUGCUCUGGUUGUGCAGGUAAUUCAUUUGGAUUUCUCAUUACUUUAUUUUCCUCCCCAGGGUAUAGAAGUUGACCAGUUAGACUUGCGAAGAGAUAUUGCCUACAACUUGUCUCUCAUUUAUCAGAGCAGCGGGAAUACUGUAAUGGCUCAAAAGCUUUUGUAUACCUAUUGUUCUAUAUAAAGCCCCUCAACUGAGAAAGGAACAUUGGGCAGCUGCUGUGUAAGGACCAAUAUUUCUGUCUCAGGGCUUAUUCUUAACUCCAAAAUGGAAAUGAUAAUUUCAGAAUUAUUUAACAGUGUGUUUCAUUUUUAUUAAAUGAUAAUAAUCUUUUGAUAUAUAUGCAAAAUUAUCAUUCAUACAAGAAUUUGUAUAUUGUUCUUUCAUUUUACUUUGGUAUUCUAUACUUAAAUUGUUCCCAGUGCUGAAAUGGACAGUGCUACCCUUUGAGCCAGCUUGGAGUUGAAUACACUGUUUUUUAAUACCAUCUAUUCAUCUGUGUGUUUAAUACUAUAUAUUAAAUAUUAAACACCUAUUCUGUACCAAGCAGCGUUAUAGGUGCUGGGAAUGUAGUAGUAAGACAGAUGUGAUCUUGUCCUUGUGGUACUUAUGGAGUGCGUUACUGACUACUGAGAUAAUUACCAUUCAAUUCAAUUCUUUAAGUACAGAACAUGAGCAUAUAUUUAUUUGAAAGAAAUGUUCACUGCAUUUCUAUGCACAUCAUCAUUGUUGUCAGCCAUCCGUUUCUUAGACCUCUGUUACUAUUAUAUGAGAAAAUUUUUCAUAUACAUUAUUAAAGGAAAGACAAAUUGGGGGUCUUUAUGAUUUCAAGAACAUUAUUUAACUCAACACCUAACAAAAUUAUUUAAAGUUGUUAUGCAGUAGGAAGACAAUAAUUGAUUUUAUCUUUUACUUUUCACCUGUGUGUAUCUUAGCUACAUAGACUGUGCGACCUGAGAGGCUGGGCUAAAUUCAGAACAUACUGCUGCAAGGCAAAUUUUAGAAAAGGCAUUAUCUGUGUUUGCGCCUUCUCAACAGAAAAAUAGAAAAGAGGAUCAUGUUCAAUAACAUGACAUGUUUUCCAUUUCAGAAUCACUAGGAAUGUAGGAAAGACUGGGAAAAUUUUAUAUAUGGAAUAAAGUGUUGCUGAUAAGGUAAAAAAAAUAGAUAAAAGCCUUUUACUCAUUUCAAGUAUUGUAUGUUCUUAAGUCUAAGAAAAUAAUAAUUUUUAGAUAUACUAUUGAUUUAUUAAUAGCUUUUUAGGAGUAAAUAAAUGCUAUAAUAAAUGGGCAUAUGGAUUAUAAGACCCAGCCUAAUUAUGGGAAGGAAACAAGUUGAGACUUAGGAUCACAGAAAAACAGUGGGGGCUUUUUAGGAAUUCUUAGCGCUGUUUAUACUGUAUAUAUAACUUUCUAGUUGAGAAGCAGAAUUUGAAUGUAAUAUGUGUGUUGUGUGCUCUGUAUGUAUGUGUAUAUAUAUAAUUUAAAUAAAUUUUAUUUUUAUAAUAAA